GUGCUCAGAAGUCACAAAGAUGGUUCACGAACGGUUGGGCCCUGACCACUUUAGGCACUUGACAAUUUGACCCACUGGCCACUGCCUUUCAGAUGGCGAACCUGUGGCUGGCAGCUGAAACGAUCCACAUACGCACCUUUUCCUCUCUCAAAUUCCAAACCCCUUUUUCUUGCACCCAAUUUUAACGGGCACCAUUGAUUUGCCGCUCUCUUGCCUCCCAAACGAAGGUCCUGUGUUAUGGGGUUUAGGCUGCCCCUGAAAUGGGGUCUCUCAGUUCAGCCCCCUUUCUCCACCAAGUCAUCAUCGUAUUGGCUUUCUUCAAAUUCAUUCAAGGGAAGGGAGACUUUAUACAAUUCAUUAAGGACUUCUCCAUCUUUUAUCAAUGGGGAGAAUGAUGCUUCGCAUAGUGAUCCUCUCAAGGUGUGGACUUGCUUAUCUGAUGCACAACACUGUGAAAAUGACGACUCUUUAACCGAAGUGAAGAUGGGAAUUGGCAGAGGGUCUCAAAGUGGAUUAUACACCAGGACCUGCAACAAUGUUGAUAUGUCAGUGCAGGAGGAUAAGUUGCCAUUCCUUGAAUCAUCCAAAGCAAAACAUUUUGGUUUUCUGAUGCAAAAUCUUGAGAUGCUGGAGCAUAUUUUUGCUGACUCAGAUGGCGUUAGACUGGAAAGAGAUAUUCUUGUGCAACUAGAAAGGAUUGGAGCUCUAGAAUUAUUCCAUACCUGUCUUGAGAGGACACUAAAAUCUUCGACUUCCUCCAAUUUGACCGAUGUGCCAAUUGAGCUUGUUGAAGAAAUUCAGGAGGAUGGUCUUGUGAAUGUUAAUGUGGAUAAGAGUUUUGUUUCCUCUGGAAAAAGACAAGAAAGGGAAUCAAGGAGAAAGAGACAACCCAAGAAUACCAGAGGCGUUAAAGUAGAACUACUGCCAAAAAGAUUCGAAGAUCCAAGACAGCCAAAGUUAUCUUCUGGAAAAAAAUUAGGAAAUUCUAGAAAUAGACGUCAGAGUAUCGCUAAAAAUGAAAUAGAAAUGUCAAUUGGUAUUAAGGUGGUUGCCGAACUGGAGAGGUUAAGAUCAGUACUGGAAGAAGAAACUGGCCGGGUAGCUAGCUCAAGUGCCUGGGCUAAAGCUGCUGGUCUGAGCCAAAAGAUCUUGCAGCAGCGUUUACAUUUUGGUUGGUAUUGUAGGGAUGAACUUCUAAGAAGUACAAGGUCCUUAAUCAUAUAUCUUGCCAGAAACUACAGGGGAUUUGGUGUGGCAUUUGACGAUCUAAUCCAGGCAGGGAAUAUGGGUGUCCUAGAAGGUGCUGUAAGAUUUGACCACACGAGGGGAUACAAAUUCUCAACCUAUGCCCAGUAUUGGAUAAGGAGAUCGAUGUCGAAAACUGUAGCAAAGCAUGCUAGAGGGAUUCGAAUUCCUAUCAAAUUACGUAAAUCAAUAAAUAAAAUACAAAAAGCUCGAAAUGCUUUGAGUAGCACCCGUGGAAAAUUUCUAGGUGAAAGUGAAAUUGCAGAGUUCACAGGUCUUUCCACGGAAAGAAUUGCAUUGGCCAACAACCGACUGAGAGUUGUGGGUUCAGUUGAUCAGAAAGUUGGAGACUGUAUCAGUGUCAAAUUCAUGGAGUUUACCCCAGAUACAUCAGCAAUCUGUCCAGAAGAAGCUGUGAUGAGAGAGUCCAUGGUAAAUAAAAUGUAUUUACUUCUCAAAGAUUUGAUGCCUAUUGAGAGACAGAUAUUGAUCUUCAGGUUUGGUCUUGGAAAUAUUCCACGCAAGUCGCUUGAGGAGAUUGGGAGGCUUUUUGGUGUUAGCAAAGAGUGGAUUAGAAGAGUAGAAAGUAGAGCACUCACAAAACUUAGAAAUCAGAAUUCUCUUCACGAUUUUAGCCGCUAUCUGCAUAUAUAGUAUCAAGCCCAUUGUAUUGUAUUGUUGUGUUAUGUGCUAUCCAAAUAAUUAGUACGGAGUAUUUGAAUAAAAUUUUCACAAUACAAA